GCGGAUGCCCCGCCCGAUCCGGACAGAGCGGCGCCGGCGCGCACGGCUUGGCCGUUGCGCCGAGGCCGGGACAGGGGACCGAUCAUGGCGCCGAUCUUUCUCGGCACCCACGAAGUGAAGCUGGACAGCAAGGGUCGCGUGUCGAUCCCUGCCCCCUUCCGGCCGACCCUGUCCCGCCAAGGUUUCGACGGGGUGAUCCUCUUCCCCUCCUACAAGGUCGAGGGCGCGAUCGAAGGGUGCGGCCAGGAGUUUCUGAAUCAGCUUAUGGACUCGGUCAAUUCCUACCAGCUCUUCAGCGACGAGCAGGAGGAUCUCGCGGCCACGAUCUUCGCCGCCGCCCACCAGCUCCAGUGGGACGGCAACGGCCGCAUCGUGCUGCCCGACGCCCUGAUCGAGGUCGCCGGCCUGAGCGACAAGGCCGUCUUCGUCGGCACCGGCUCGCUGUUCCGCAUCUGGGAACCCCAGCGCUGGGCGGCUUACCAGGCCGAACGGCGGCAGUCCGCCAAGCAGAAGGUCCCCUCCCUGGCGGUCAAGCCGCAGUCCGGCCCCGGCGGCGCCCCGGGAGGUGUGCUGGAGGUGCUGCGUCCGCGCGACGGCGGCAUCUAUCUCGACGGCACCUUCGGGCUGGGCGGCUACAGCCGCGGCCUGCUGGAGGCCGCCGACUGCCGCGUGGUCGCCUUCGACCGCGACCCCGCCGCCAUCGCCGCCGGCGCUCCGCUGGCCGCGGCCUACGCCCCGCGCCUGCGGCUCGUGCAGGACUGCUUCUCGCAGAUGGCGUGCCACCUGGAGGGGCCGGUCGACGGCAUCGCCCUGGACCUCGGCGUCUCCUCGCCCCAGCUCGACCAGGCCGAGCGCGGCUUCUCCUUCCGCAGCGACGGCCCCCUCGACAUGCGCAUGGGCCCCGGCGGCGAAACCGCCGCGCAGGUGGUCAACAGCCGCAGCGAGGCGGAGCUGGCCGACCUCAUCUGGCGCUACGGCGAGGAGCGCAAGAGCCGCCAGAUCGCCCGCGCCCUGGUCGCCCGCCGCGCCGAGCAGCCCUUCGCGCGGACCCUGGAGCUGGCGGAGACGGUGCGCGGCGUGGUGCGCGCGGCCAAGGACGGCAUCGACCCGGCGACGCGCACCUUCCAGGCCCUGCGCAUCUACGUGAACGACGAGUUGGGCGAGCUGGAGCGCGGCCUCGCCGCCGCCGAGCGCUGCCUGGCGCCGCACGGGCGUCUGGCCGUGGUCAGCUUCCAUUCCCUGGAAGACCGCAUCGUCAAGGACUUCCUGCGCCGCCGCUCCAGCGCCGCGCCGCGCGGCUCGCGCCACCUGCCCGACAGCGGCGCGCAGCCGGCGCCCAGCUUCGAGCUGAUUCGCCGCCAGGCGAUCAAGCCCGGCGCGCGCGAAGCGGCCGAGAACCCGCGCGCCCGCUCGGCCCGGCUGCGCGCCGCCGAGCGCACGGCCGCACCCGCCUGGCCGGGCGGCAUGAUCCUGCGCUGGUCCACCCUGCUCUGGCUCGUCGCCUUCGCGGUCGCCGUCGGCCUGGUCUUCCAGAUCAAGUACGAGGUGCAGGACCUGGAGGACCGCCUGGCGCGGACCCAGACCCGCAUCCAGAAGGACCGCGAGGCGCUGCAUGUGCUGCGCGCCGA